UGGACGGACAGUCUGUUAGGUGCGAUUCCGUGCGUACGACAGGACUCGGUGUUUGAGUUGAUAUCGAUAUGCUAUGAAUACGCCAUUUGGCUGACCAAACAUUGCGCCCAAUUGGCCGCCAAACCCGACAUCGAUAUGGAAGCGGCCAAAGAGUGUCACAAAUGUUUGCGUAAAGCGGCCGGAGUUUUGACCGCCAUUCAGAACGAAUGGUGCGAACGGCUUCUGGAGCGAAGUUUCGUCGCCGGAGCCGAUCUCGACCCCCGUGUGAUCACCGCAUAUAUACUGCAGUGUCAGGCGGAGGCCCAGGAGGUGACGAUCGCGCGGGCCAUUGAAUUGAAGCACAACCCGACUCUGGUGUCG